AUGCAGAUACUACAAGUGAUUAUUACUACUACUAUUACUCACACUACUACUCAUACUACUACUACUACUACUACUACUACUACUACUACUACUACUACUACUACUACUACUACUACUACUACUACUACUACUACUACUACUACUACUACUACUACUACUACUACUACUACUACUACUACUACUACUACUACUACUACUACUACUACUACUACUACUACUACUACACCUUUACAUAUCUGGGCAGCAUCAUCGACGAGAAAGGUGGAUCCGAUGCAGAUGUGA